ACUGGUUGUAGACUGGAGCUACGUUAUGCUUGCUGCUCAUGUUUUUCUGCAGCUCUUAUGCCUGUUCUAAGGCAUUGGACAGGGAUAAGCUGAGGCACAGGUACUCGAUAUCGGAGUCUGCCACGGAAAGCAGCCUAAAACUGCAAACGUUCCAUAUUCAUCGUAAUCGUAGAGCUUUUUUAGAUCACUAGCGGACCUCACUGGACGCCGUCCAUGGUAUAUUUAAGAAAAAGAAGGAUUCUAAUUAGGAGAUUUAGCGCUUUUGUCUGUGUCUGAAAUAGGUGCGAAGUGUGUGGCGCUUUGCAGUAGCCUGCUGAGAUGUGGGGUUUUGAGCUGCUGCUUGGGGCGCUGUACCUGCUCGGGCUCACCUGUGGCCAGAACGAAACGGAACCUAUCCUGCUGGAGGGCAAGUGUCUAGUGGUUUGUGACUCCAACCCUAUGUCUGACCCCACUGGCACAGCGCUGGGCAUUUCGGUGCGCUCGGGCAGUGCCAAGGUGGCAUUCUCUGCUAUUCGAAGCACCCAUCACGAGCCAUCGGAAAUGAGUAACCGGACAAUGAUCAUCUACUUCGAUCAGACUUUGGUCAAUAUUGGAAGCAGUUUUGACUCAGAACGAAGCACUUUUACAUCACCAAGAAAGGGGAUUUACAGUUUUAAUUUCCACGUGGUGAAAGUAUAUAACCGGCAAACCAUACAGGUUAGUUUAAUGUUAAAUGGUUGGCCUGUGAUUUCAGCUUUUGCUGGUGACCAGGAUGUGACAAGAGAGGCAGCCAGCAACGGAGUUCUUAUUCAAAUGGAGAAAGGGGACAGAGCUUACCUAAAACUUGAGAAAGGAAAUUUAAUGGGUGGUUGGAAGUUUUCCACUUUUUCUGGAUUUCUUGUGUUCCCUCUUUAAACUGACAUAAUUUCAGAUAAGCAAGAGACAUAGAAAAGAAACAAAUGUCUGUUUCAACCACAAAGCUGCUCUGAGAGACAUGAAUAAAACUCUUGUGUACAUGAAGUGUAAAAGACCUUGCAUAUCUAAAUGUAUGUGUUCCUGCUUUGGAAACUUUAUAUUAUAGUAAAAGACAAGAAACUGGUGAGAUCAACUAUCAUUUCAUUAAGUGGCGCGUUUAGGAGCAAAUGUCUUGUGUCCCUGUUCGUCAUGAUGUUGCUAUGACACAGUUUUAGACACAUUAAAUUACUUUUUUGACUAACAUGGAAAAUAGUAACUUACUUAAGAUAGCAUAUAUAGAACUUUUUUUUUCCUUCAGCUUCAGGCUUCACACCAUGGAUAUAAGAGGCAGAGUGGCAGGAUCAUGUAUUUAAAUCUCUUCUUGUACUACAGAGUGAUAAUUAUCGAUUUAAGGCUGCUCAAUAUGUGAUGCUUGUUUUGCUCUUGUAAAAUGUUGGCCAAUUAAAUGCGAUAAAAUAUAUUCAACUUUCAGUAUUACGUAUAAAUGGUGUGAAUGCAGAAAUGUAAUUUUGCUUAAAUCCCAGGUCUCUUAUUUUUUGUGAUAGAUAAUGAUAAAUAGAGAGAUAGAUAGAUAGAUAGAUAAAUAGAUAGAUACAAGAGAAUUUGUAAGCUGUCCCUUUUUCUCUUUCAUGAGAAAUUACUGAUUUUGUGAAUAUUCAGAAUGAUCAGAUUAAUGCUUUAUGUAGCUUCCACUUUUUUGGUGGACUAAAUGUUCUUUGUAAUUGGUAAUCCAAGCCAAUUAAUUUUCUGGUAAAAAUAUUUAUCAGGCUAUCAAUAGUUUGUCAGCACUGCAGCCUAACUAUAUAUGUUGUUCACAGUGCAUAUGUAUACAGACACAAGUGUGUACAUACACAAAAUUACAUAAGCAUACAUAAGUGUUUUUUUACUCUCAAAACUUUGGGCAUAUUUAUAAAGUGAAUACACCUACAUUAACAGCAAUUAAUUAAUUAAUUAAGAGCUUUGCUUUUUUUUUUUUAAAAGAGCUUUUGGCAUCACAUUCAACUGUAGAGUUUCACAUUGACUUCAAUGGGUUGUGCCAGGUCUUAGUUGGUGUAAAAUAUUGCUGUAAUUCAUUGGUACACAAUUAUUGUGUAUAUAUUAUUUAUAAUAGAUUGUUUUUCUGCUCAUAAUAAUCAUUGGCAAUAAUUCAUGCUUAAUGACAACAGAGAAUAAAUGAAUUCAUUUUAACCACUUUUUAUGUUAACUUAUUGUUAGCAUAUAAUAUUUUACACACAUUUAUAAAUAUGCCCCUUAGAGUGUUGUUACGUUUAAUUAGUUUUUCACCUGUACUAUCUGGCCAUGUGGACCAAUAAAAUUCCCACAACAAUGUAUGCUUCUUAUUAUAGUUUUAAAGAAUCUAUGUUAUUAUUUUGCAGUAAUUAAAGAUUACUACUUUUAUGAAGUGAUCAUACAAAAUAUUUCAUUUGUAAUUUAAACAGUAAAAUAAAAGUGUACAAAAACUGA